UCUUGGGCCCUAGGCCACUGCCACUCUGGCCUACCCUCAGGACUGGGUUUCAUAUAUGAUAUAUGCAUCAAGCAUGUAUUUGCCAUAUGCCAUUCAAAAAAUUAAAUAUGUUAAAAUAUGGUAUACUCAUAAGUUGCUUCCACUAUGAAAUUUUAAAAUUCAUUCACGGAUACUAUGAUCAUCGUUGGAUUGACAUAUAAUCUUGAACCUCCAUUUACAUCUAUAAUAAUGUAGUAUAUGUUUUUGUAUCAUGUUAAAGGCUACGUGAAUUAUCGUCCGCACUCGGUGUAGUUUAGUUGAAAAGCCUAAACAUUCCUUCAUUUUAGAGGCUGAUUAUUAUUCUUGGGCAAGCAAAUCUGCCACAUAACCUACACAAAACAAAACAAAAGUUGACAACAAAAUAAGGAACAGAAACAUCUGCAAAUGCAGAAACAAGCACAUCAAGAAGGCUAACACAUAAAUGUUUAUCAAAUAUCUCCCCAUAAUUUCAAUUUCAUCGCUUCGUUUAUGAAAUCGGAUGUGCCUAUAUCGGGUAUUCAAGUGAAUAGAUGUGUCUGUAUUUGUCAGGUGAGAUCCAGGUAACAAUAAAGUUAUAAUUGUAUGUGAUCGGAGAGAUCAUCACAUUGGGUAGAAUUAUUAGAGGGUGAUAAGAUGACAACAAUAGAAGCGACGAUGGAACAAGGCGUAUUGGAUGAUAUACUAAGGAGAUUAUUGGAAGGCAGAGGUGCAGGAAAACAGGUUCAGCUUAUGGAGGGUGAGAUCCGCCAGCUAUGCGUCAAUGCUCGCAAUAUAUUCCUAUCUCAGCCUGCUCUUCUCCAUAUACAUGCCCCUAUCCGUAUCUGCGGUGAUAUCCAUGGACAAUACCAAGACCUACUGAGGCUGUUCGAAUACGGAGGCACUCCUCCUGAAACAAGCUAUCUUUUUCUUGGGGAUUAUGUGGACAGAGGCAAGCAAAGCCUGGAAACCAUAUGCCUUCUUUUAGCUUACAAGAUAAGAUAUCCAGAUCGCGUACACCUCUUAAGGGGUAAUCAUGAAGAUGCAAAAAUCAACAGAAUAUAUGGGUUUUAUGAUGAAUGCAAAAGGCGAUUCAACGUUAGACUCUGGAAGAUAUUCACAGACUGCUUCAAUUGCUUGCCUAUUGCUGCACUCAUUGAUGAAAAGAUAUUUUGCAUGCAUGGAGGACUUUCUCCUGAGCUAGAAAAUGUGAAUCAAAUAGAGGCCAUUGAGAGGCCUACUGAAAUUCCUGAAUCUGGUCUAUUAUGUGAUCUGCUCUGGUCAGAUCCUGAUCCUAGCAUUGAGGGGUGGGCAGAUAGCGACCGAGGUGUUUCAUGCACAUUUGGAUCUGACGUUGUCGUUGAUUUUUUGGACAAGAAUGGCCUCGAUCUGAUUUGUCGCGGUCAUCAGGUGGUGGAAGAUGGAUACGAAUUCUUUUGUAGACGAAGACUAGUCACAAUAUUUUCUGCUCCAAACUACGGGGGUGAGUUUGACAAUGCAGGGGCUCUGCUAAGUGUGAACGAAUCCUUGAUGUGUUCUUUUGAAAUACUGAAGCCAUUAGAGCAGCCAAAAAAUUCGAAGAUGCCUCUUAAAAAGCCCCCAAAACUCGGACCAUAAGCCCAACAAAAUUUGCUGCACUUGAAGAUGAUGAGAAGUUGAUUGUUUCAAGAAAUUGAAGACUGAACCAGUAUAGGCAAAUUGGCGUACCUUGUUGUAAUUACUAUUUUCUGUCAUUAGAAGUUUCAUAGUGUAAAUUGGGGAAGAAAGAGACAGCUUUUGGUCAUAUAUUCUGUACAUGAGCUUUGGUUCCCUCCCUGUGUAAUUUAGCUUCUUUCAGCCAGUGGUGCUAUAAAUUGGGUUUUAUUGCAAACUCUUACAUGAAUGGAU